ACUAACUUGAUAAACAUCAACAUGACGUAAUCGAAUGUAUUUUAGGUCAUAAUUUAAUCGAAUAUACGAGUUAAAUUCAUUGAAACAUUCUAUCUUACCAAUAACUCAAAAUUUAUUUGGUUUGAUUGGUAAGACGAUGCAUAUAUGUACAUAUUUAUAUUCUGUGCACUCAUAAAGGAUUACUUAUAACUUGGAAAUAGCAAUGAGUAAAAUGUCAUUAAAUCAAACCCAAAUAGUCUACGAACGAACACCUGAAUUCAAAAUUCCAGACAAUACCUUGUUUAUGUAUUCAACUCCGUUCCACUUAUCGAAUUCAGGUAAAUGCAGUGAACUUUGUCAGUACAAUAUAUCAAACGUGUCACUUGAUUUGGCUACAUUAUCGCUAGAAGACUAUGGCAAAACUCCAACAACUAAAAUCUCGGCAAUGAGAAAUCGAUAUUCUCGAAAACACUUACUUCGCGAAUUACAUGCUUCCGAUUGUUCACGAAGAAGGAGUUCGCUUGUGGAAUAUCGUCACCAUGAUUUUAGUCAUGAUGUUCAUUGGCGGAUGAUACGCUACUAUUUUGUUGAAUCUAAACGUUUAAAAAUGAAUAAAAAGGCUUGUUUAGAUGAUGGAGUAAAUCAUUCCACUAGCUUAUAUCGUAUUUACAUUGAUGAAAACGGUAAUAAAUAUUCAUUUUUUUAAUCAUUUGUAUCAUUUCCGAACAAUUAAUUUUUUAUGAAAUUUGAUGAUAGUUUUAUUCCAAACAUUAUUUAUCAUAUACCUAAUGUAUUUUCGAAAUGGUCUUUAUGAAAUAAACCCUCUUAAAUUCUUAGUCUUUUUGAA